AUGUUGGACUUACUCUCCAAAGAUCGAAUAGUCAACGAGACAGGCCUCAGAGCCGCCUUACAUUAUCUGGACGCAAUUUCAAGUUCAGGAGCAACAGAAUUACAAGCCACGGUCGAAGAUAUGUUGUCAUCACCGCAUAUCUUUGCAUAUAUUGUUUCUGUUUGGGAUCGACGCGAGGCAAUUAUCUCACAGAUCAUGACAGACUUUCCAACGAAAUUUCAAGAAUAUCCAGCAUCUAUUGCGGGAAAGAUGCUAGACAAUCUGUCUAUGUACUUUUUAACUUUGCCAGAUGAGUCUUUAGCGAUGGAUGUCUCAAGGGACAUUAGCCGCCACCGAGGCUUCAUUGAGCGCGCUUUACCUGUCCUUUGCGCGUUGGACACUAUGAAAUUUGCUAGUGCAGGGUCAUUUGAAAACGAGAUUGAUCUCUUCGACGUCAGAUCUGAUUAUGGAUUUACCACAAAGAAGGUGCCUCAGAAAAUGCGCAAGCGUAAUCGUCGCCUGAAAGCUCAUAUGACUAUCGACACAUCGCUCUUCGCAAGGCUUGGUGUGGUUGUGCCUCUCACGAGCGAGGAUGCCGCAUCAUUGUCUACUCACAUUCUUGCGAAGCUGAAGGAUACUCUCUUGUUCUACCUCUCGCUUCUGCGGAGGACGGAAUUGACAGGCGACAUCAAAGCCUCACUCUUCCCAAACAUGGGAGAGUCUGCCAAAGAUGUUGCGCCUGAAGUUUCGUCAACCGAGGAUGUCGAGAGCCCAACAAACCUACCCGAUGCAUACCAAAUGGUGCAGCCUGUGGAGUCUGCACUUUAUUUCGACAAUGCGGAUGGGUUUGGAGAGUGGCGAAUCCUCGUAUCUGCAGAGGCCUACAAAAAUUUACGUGAAUUCCGUAGAACAGAUCAGAAGAUGUUCAAGAUCAUCUUCAAGAAGAUCAGACAACUAUCGAAUGGCCAGUUCUUAGACGAUGAUCUUAAGCCACGUAACGGGCCGGAUGCAGGCAUACCUAUCUACGAUGCCAAGAUAACAAGUGACCUACGAUUAGUAUACCAGAUCGAUUGUGUCCCUGACCAGGAUGGGAAGUCCGAAAGACAAGGCGAGCCAAGCGCAAUUAUCGUUCUUGGCGAGAUAUGGGAUGCCUUGGGUAGCCAUCUCGCACGCAAGGGCAAAGAAUAUUGUAAGAGACGCACCUUCCGGAACAGACCAGUCAUUUCCAAUGACUGCGUCAUUCUGCCUGCGUCGUUCCCACCAGCAGAACAUGAACCAGAAUGUUCAGGAAGCCCACUUGAUCUUAGUGAUGAAGACAUAGACCAUCUUCACUCUUUGCUUGUUUUGGAGAAAUAUGUCACAUUUUCGCAAGCGAUCCUGAAUAGUCUUAUCGCAAAGCAAGACGUACAGCACGUGUUUAUACUCUCACCUCAAGAACAAAAGGUUGUCGAAUGUACCACGUCAUGUUACGUGUUGGGUCGCAGCGGGACAGGAAAAACCACGACGAUGCUGUUUAGGAUUCUCGGCAUUCAGCGAGCUUGGGAGAUGAGUGGCGUUGACAUGCCGAAGCCACGCCAAAUCUUUGUUACCAAGUCCAGAGUGCUCGCUACGAAAGUGGAAGAAUAUUUUACGAAACUUCUCAGAUCUAUGGGGUUAGCAGGGUAUACCCUGGAGGAUUUUGUAAAAUUGAAGGCACCAAGUGUUCAGGAGGGCCUUGUUGAUCUCGACGACCUGCCCGAAUCACAGAUGAAUAUACCCAUGAAAUAUAGCGAGCUUGAGGAUAAGCACUUUCCUCUUUUUGUAACUCUCGACCGACUGGCGAAGAUGAUCGCCGCAGAUGUCUUGAGCAAGGACGUAUCCAAGACGAGAGAUAACGCAGGACGUUUUUUCAGUGUUGACGAUGCUGAGGCUCAUGACUGUUUCGUCACCUAUGACGUAUUCGCGAGUCAAUACUGGCCUCAUUUUCCGCAGAAACUCACCAAAAAUCUUAACCCUUGGUUGGUUUUCAGCGAAUUCAUGGGGAUCAUCAAAGGUUCCCAACACACGCUGACCUGUCCUGAAGGAGCUCUUAAUCGCCCAAAAUACCUCCGUCUCUCUCACCGUUCUCACCCAAAUUUUGCGAGUCAGAGGGAAAUUCUGUAUGACAUCUUCGAGUAUUAUACGAAAAUCAAGAGGCAGCGACGUCAUCAUGAUGUUGCAGACCGCACGCAUGCGAUACUCAAGGCCUUGCGAAGUCAGAGGUUUCCUGGCCAACAGAUCGAUUAUCUUUAUGUCGACGAAGCACAAGACAACCUUCUGAUCGACGCACUCUUUUUGAGGCAAUUAUGCAGGAAUCCCGACGGCUUGUUCUGGGCUGGGGACACCGCACAGACAAUCUCUGCAGGGAGUUCCUUCAGGUUCGAGGAUCUCUCAGAGUUUCUCUACCGUACGGAGCAGCAAAACAUCUCGGUCAAUUCUGCUGGAGCAUGUUUGCCUCAGCCUACUACAUUUCAAUUGGCGAUCAACUACAGAUCGCACGGUGGCAUCGUCAACUGCGCGCAUUCUGUGAUCGAACUCAUCACAAAAUUUUGGCGCAACACAAUCGAUAACCUUCAGCCAGAAAAGGGGGUGGUUGACGGGCUGAAGCCUGUAUUUUUUACGGGUUGGGAUAAAGACACCGUCCGUUAUGAACAGUUCUUGUUCGGGGCGAGCGGUAGUCACAUUGAGUUCGGGGCCCAGCAAUGCAUUCUCGUGCGUGACGAUGCAGCACGUCAGAAGUUACGAGACCAAAUUGGUGAAAUUGGACUGAUUAUGACGCUUCACGAGAGCAAAGGCCUGGAAUUCAAUGAUGUGCUGUUGUACAACUUUUUCGAGGAUUCUGUUGUAGAUCUGUCACGAUGGCGCGUAGUUCUCAAUGGGAUAGACGGUCAGGGACAUGUACCAAACUUCGAGCGUUACAAGGCGCGAUACGCUGGGGUCUGUAGCGAGCUCAAACUUCUUUAUGUUGGGAUCACUCGAGCAAGAAAGAACAUGUGGAUCGUUGACAAAUCUGAUAAAUCUGAUCCGAUGCGUACGUUCUGGACGUCUCGCAAUCAAGUCCAGAAUUGUACCCCUGGUACCGAUUUCCCUCAUCUAGCCGUCUCCUCGACUCCAGAAGAAUGGGCAUCCUUUGGGCGCUCACUAUUCUCGCAUAAAAGCUACUCGCAGGCUAUCCAUUGCUUCAAACGUGCUAACCUUCGUCAUGAAGUGAAGGUUUGUGAAGCAUAUCAACUGCGAGAAGUUGCACGCUCUAGUGUCGGAGUGGCCUUACCCAGCGACCAAAAAAGAGCUUUUAACGUAGCUGCCAAUGUCUUUGAUGAUUGUGGGGCGACCGCGACAGGAGAUCAGAAGCUUCAAUAUUAUCGUAGCUCGGCGGAUUGCUACGUUCGAGCAGGAGAUGAUCUUAAAGCUGCUGAGGCCUAUCUCAAUGCCCAAGAGUUCGAGCAAGCAGCGAAGAGAUAUCGCAAGGUCGGACAGUUUGAUAAGAUCCUCCAAGUCCUCGAUGAUCAUGGCAUGAAUAUACCUGAAGAGACCAGGGCGGAGUUAUUCUCAAACAAAGAGAGGCUCUGA